AUGUUUAUCUGGACCAAAGCCCCCGCGAGGGGCUUGGGGAAGGCUUCCAAGAUCCUCCCCAAACGCGAUGACACACAGAAGGUCUUCGAGACGACUCACCACAAGCAAUUCCACACGGCCACUACCUCCGUCCGCCGAUCCUCAAGUUCAGCGAAAGAGCGACAGCGCGCUGAACGCCAGCAACUGACGCGCCUGCUGAAGGAGUCACCGGGCAAGCGCGACGCGCGCAAUUUCCUCAAGCAAUUCGAUGUCCCCAAGAAGAGCAAGGCGAGCAUCACGGCAAAGGCCAAGGAGCUCGUGAGCGAGAAUAUACACAAUGAUUUGGCUUCGCUGCGAACGGGUGUGAACCUGGGUGAUCUAUACAAACCGACCGUCUUUACAAGAGAACCUCUACCAGAGGAGUCGUAUGAUGCUGAAAAGGAUGAGCCAGUGCAUCUGGCCCUGGUCAAGCUUCGCCAACCGCAGAAGCUGACUGAUCGUACAUUGGGAGAUAUCGCAUUGACUCUGAGUCAAAUGGCACGGCUUGGACUCAGUACUGCCGUGGUACUAGACUGUGACGAGGACACGAGCACGCACAGUAUCGAAGUCAAGCCGGAAUAUGGAAACAUGGUUAGAGAACAGGCUCUGCGUCUAGUGGCAGCUCUGGAGGACUACAACGAACCGGGAUCUCUGCUGGUUGAGGACGUUUUGGGAUAUUCCCCAUUGGACAACGACAUGCCCAGUACAAACCAGGUGCGCGGGGGCGUUGAGGUGCAGCACACCUACCUGCUCUUCCCGCCCAUCGACGACGGCGUCAUCCCGGUCAUCGCACCUUUCGCAUACGACGAGAACCUCAAGAAGGUCAGAGUUCAGGCAGACGACGUUCUUCUUGCACUUGUUCGCGAGUUCGCAGGCCUUGGGCAUUCCAAUGGCAUGGAGUCACCCCGCGGCUCAUUGCACAAGACAAAGCGCGUCGUUGAAAGGCCUCUUUUGGACCGCAUCAUCAUCCUCGAUCCGCUGGGUGGCAUACCGUCUGAGAACAGGGCUGAUGGCGCACAUGUUUUUGUCAAUCUAGAAGCCGAGUAUCGCGACAUCAAGAAAGAGCUGCAGCAACUUUCGUCAAAGACCUCAAAUGGUGCUGGUAGCCCAACAUCGCUUUCCACAGGCAAUCCGUUGUCAAAAUUUGUUGAGCAGGAGGUGGUGUCAUUGCCAGGUGUACAAUCAGAAAACCUGGCUUCUUCUGCUCCUGUGCGUCACCUGAAGAACCUUGAUGUUCUAGAGCGAGGCUUGAAAUUGCUUCCUCCUUCAUCGUCGGGUCUGAUUUUGACACCAAUGGAGGCUGCGACGAAAGCCAUACCGGAUGAUGCGCGAACCACACCUUCCAAGAACCCCCUGCUACACAAUUUACUGACCGACAAGCCCAUGACAUCUUCCUCGUUGCCAACGUCGCCCACAUCUCGCUUCCUGGGCUCUGCAGCACCCAACCCCGCUACGUUCCUCAAAAAAGGCAUACCCCUAACCAUGAUACCCGAUCCGCGUGUACAUGGACCGUGGCAGCCGCCCUCUGCAUCGAAUCCAAGCAUUGAGCUAGCAGAUGAUCCACGCAUAAAUUUUCCCAAGCUUGUCGACCUCAUCGACGACUCGUUCCAGCGGAAGCUUCACCCCAAGAACUAUCUCGACCGUAUCCAUGGGCGCGUCGCUGGUAUCAUCAUAGCAGGCGACUACGAAGGCGGCGCAAUCUGCACAUGGGAAACUCCGAAAUCGCUUCAAGGAGCCACCCCCCCUUCCGUCUUGACUCCCGACUCACCUUACUGGAUCCCUUACCUAGAUAAGUUUGCUGUUCUCACCUCCUCACAAGGCUCGGGUGGUGUUUCUGAUAUCGUCUGGGCUGCGCUGACUAGAACCUGCUUCCCCGAUGGCGUAGUCUGGAGGAGUCGGACGAGUAAUCCGGUCAACAAGUGGUAUCAAGAGAGGAGUAUGGGCAUGUGGAAGCUACCGGGAGAUCAGUGGACAAUGUUUUGGACUACUGAAGGCAUUGUGGGGGGUUGGGAACAGGGCAAGUGGGGGGAUGUUGAUGAUGCGAAGAAGCGAGAUAUGAAGAGGUGGGAUGCGUGUAUUGAUGUUUGUAGUGGCAUUGAACCGAGUUGGGCGGAUGGGAUACAACGAGAUGAUUAG